CGACAAUGUGAUCCUGAGAAAGACGCGCAGUGUCUGGUUGGGCUUCCAAAUGGGACAUGGGAAGUUAAGCCUCCGGAAAUGAUGGUUCCUAAUGACCUUCCUGAGCCAGUGCUAGGUAUUAAUUUUGCCAGGGAUAUGCUUUUCCAAAUGAUAAAUGAACUCCCCACAGUCUGCGAAAGCGUGAAGGAGUUCGGCAAACCCAAUGACCAAUCUAACACGACGAUGUUACAGAAACCCGAGUCAUGCUCGACUGUCGAGAUGUCUUCACCACAUAAAGAUGAGAGUGAUCAUUGUGGAAGCAGCAGUUUUGGGCAAAAUAAAUCCUCUGCAACAUAUGUGAAUAGCUCUGCUGAUGAUUCCAGGGCACAAAAAGAUAAGACUGGUGCCGCUAUAGAAGAUGGCCACAUUGAUGGAAGCAGCAGUCGUGGGCAAAUCCUCUGGAAUGCAUGUGAAUAGUUCUGAUGAUGAUUCCGGGACAGCAUGAACUUGCGAAAGCAUUAGCUUGCAUAAUCCACGUACAGGUCCAUUGAUUGCAAUUUCUUUUUAGUGCUAGAGAAGCUAGAACUACGGAGCAAGAACAUCGUUCUUACAGUUGAAAAGUACAAGGGAGAUUCAUAAUCAGGCCAAUCAAAUCUAGGAAUUACAGUUGGUCUUUCUGGUGGCUACUUCUUUCCACUUUUUGCCUUUUCUUUUGAACAAUCUGCUUGGAGAUUGUGCUAUAUUGUUGCUUCUAAGUAGUGCACACCAUUGCUCACAAAUUGAGCAAAGAAGCAUUCGUAGUCA